GUCUCCUUUUUUUUUCAUUUCUGUAUUGUCCAGUGCUCCAGUAGUACCCCGCGACCCCCUUUCAGGCUUCUUCUUCUCUCUUUUCUCUUCCUCGCUCACACACCUCCGGCGGCUAGCUUUAAGCUCGGUAGCUGAAAUUGCCAAGAAGAAGAAGCAGCAGCAGGUAGAUAGUGAUCGUCGUCCUCCAUGGGGAACACGUGCUUCAGGGGAGAAGACGAAGAAGAAGGCGGCCAGCGCAGAGAGCGCUACCCCUACUACCAGCCGCAGUACCACAGCUACAGUGGUGGUGGUGGUGAUCCACCACCUGCUCCUCGGCGCCAUCAGCAGGGUCUAGCAGCUGCAGCAGGCCCCCAUGGCUUGGCUUCUGAUCCAAACAUUGGACACCAGCAGAGGAGCAAUGGGGUUCCCAACAGCAGAGUGGUGGCGACUUCUCAGUAUCAAUCCAACACCGAGGACAUCGACGAGUCAUCAGCCGAAGGCCUCUGCAGCGCCAAGAGCUACGCCAAGGCGAACCAGCUGCUGAUCCAGGUGUCGGUGCUGGGAACCACCAAGAAGUUCUGGCGGCUAUCCGACAACGCGACGAGGAUCUCCCGAAAGCUCGUGCUCAUCUUGAGGAGCCACCACGCCGUCGGCAAGCACCUGGCCGCGCCGCUGCAGGUGUCCAACGUCUGGAUCGGCGCCGCCGCCGGCGGGGGCAGCGUCAAGCUACGCGGGGUCAGCUUCACCGCCAAGGGCUUCGGCGUCGACCGCGUCAGGGACGACUACAGGCACCUCUCCAGGGUCCUGCUGGCGAUCCUCAGAGCCUCCGCCGGCGGUGGCCACGCAGCCGUCGCCAGCAGGCUCCCGCCGGACUACAGGGACUUCCUCGCGCUCCUGGGGAGCGACACCCUCUCCAUGGACGACGAGUUCCUCAUCGUCAACAACGCCGCCCUGCUGCCCAUGAAAAACCGCACGGAGGCGUUCCUGAUGCUGCACGACAGGAUCGUGAAGCACCUGGGGCGGACGGACAGGGCGAAGAAGAAGAGGAUCCUCGCCGGGCUGCCCUACGAGGACGACUGGCUGGAGACGGCGAGGGCGAACGCGACGAUCAACCAGUGGGUGGUGAACGUGCAGCACCACGAGUACAGGAGGACGCAGUCGGACCAGCUGCGGCUCAACAGGAACGUGAGGAGCCACCUGCACGAGUACGGCGACGAUGGCGGCCGCGUCGAGGAGGCCCUGUACUGCGAGUGGCCCGAGCUGCUCAUGGCCAUGGUGAAGCUGCUGCACCUGGAAGGCGAGCUCGAGGACACUGACAUUGAGAACAAGUUCGGCUAGCUAGUCGAGCCGAGCGUACUGCUGCAGAUGUGCUCUGCGUUUGCUGUGGUGGUUGUCAAGCUACUGUUGGUUCAUCUUUGGUACGAGUGUUUAUGGCGAUGGGGUGGUAUCCUACCUGGUUUUUAUGUAAUGUAAUAGGCCAGUUAUUUCUUAAAUUGAGUUCUCUCGACUUGAAGGUUGGGUCAGCUUUAUAAAUAUGCUCUCUACGUCGUUUGGCAAUAAAAGAACAAUGCUAGAAAAUGUAAGCUAGGAUCCGUGUUCAUUAAGUCGAAAACUUAAACUCAGGUGGAUAGAUUUCUUCA